GCGACAUGAUGUCGGCUGCUGAAACUGAGCAUAAAAGAUGUCGAAAAUGAAAAAGAAUUUUGUGAAGAUACAUAUUUUCUAAGAAGAAAGAACCUACGUCAUUAUGGAGGAAAGUGAUCCAGAUUUGAGUCCUGUCCAAGAACGGACUAGUCUGUGUGACUCAGAGUCAUCUAGUGUGGCUAACAUGAACUACUCAGGACCGGGGUCGCCCCACAACGGGGUCAGACCUGACUCCCGAAGACGGUACCAGAGUGAACAGAAAAGACUUGCUUCAGAGCCAGCAGAAGUGGUGUUCCUCUUCUGUAACAAACCCUACAUUAGAUCAUGUACAGGAAUGCUGCGCUUACUUCAAGUUAUUCUCUCCUUGAUGUCCAUGGUGAGUCUGACAUCUUCGUUUGGCCGAGGCGGUGUUGAUUUCCUCCAGCUUCCGCUCAGUUGGCACUUCCGGGUGAUGCUAUUUGUCCUUGUUCUCACUAUCACAACCAGCACCUUCAUCUGGUCAAUCCACAGCACAGGACUCAUCUACAUGUUACCUGUCAACUGGUACUUCAUAGAUAUGGUUGUGUAUUCCAUAUUUUCCUUCCUCUAUCUGGUCGGAUCCUCACUGGUGGCAAGCGCCUUUGACUUCUAUCAGAAAAUGGGCAGUGAUGUUCCGAGCUCCACUAUCCAUAAACUCAUAUUGUGUGUGGUAGUAGGAUAUAUCUGUAUGUUUGUAUAUGGCCUGACGGCACUGAUUGGAUACCGACGUUGGAGGAUUCAACAUCGGUUGUUUAAAAGAAAACGCCUGCUCGAAGAAGAGGAAGAUUUGGAGAUAUAGUCCUCAGCUAACCAGAUUAAGAAUUUCGAUGUCAAACCAUUUAAUUGAUGAAAAUGAGAUUACUUAAUAAUUGAGACAUAAUUAUCUGCAUAAGUAUGUAUGCAGAGGGGAUCUCUAAGGAAUGUCAACAGUACAUGUUUGUACAUAGAGGGCCCUACAGGUUCCUCUAGGGAGUGUACACAGUAUGUACAUAGAGGGGCCUACAGGUUCCUUUAGGGAGUGUACACAGUAUGUACAUAGAGGGGCCUACAGGUUCCUUUAGGGAGUGUACACAGUAUGUACAUAGAGGGACUUACAGGUUCCUUUAGGGAGUGUACACAGUAUGUACAUAGAGGGACCCACAGGUUCCUUUAGGGAGUGUACACAGUAUGUACAUAGAGGGGCCUACAGGUUCCUUUAGGGAGUGUACACAGUAUGUACAUAGAGGGGCCUACAGGUUCCUUUAGGGAGUGUACACAGUUUGUACAUAGAGGGGCCUACAGGUUCCUUUAGGGAGUGUACACAGUUUGUACAUAGAGGGGCCUACAGGUUCCUUUAGGGAGUGUACACAGUAUGUACAUAGAGGGACCUACAGGAUCCUUUAGGGAGUGUACACAGUAUGUACAUAGAGGGGCCUACAGGUUCCUUUAGGGAGUGUACACAGUAUGUACAUAGAGGGGCCUACAGGUUCCUUUAGGGAAUUUACACAUUUUGUACAUAGGUGGACCCUAGGAUCCUCAAGAGGGCCUAACUAGUGUUGUUUACCUUAAAAUGUACACAAACUAAGACAAUCUUCAAAAUAUUUUUGAUUGAAGAGUCACAAUAGGUUAUCGUCCAGGUGAAAUGGUAAAACAUGUUUCUAGUGAUGUAAACAUGUACAUACAUUGUUGAUAGAUAAGAGGUUGGUCAGGGAAAUCUGAAUAGUUAAUGGUAUUAACAGUACUAUAAAAAUGACAGCAAAAUUCUGAUAAUUGUGUGUUUACAUAUCACAGACCUCAUUGUCUGAAGAUGGUGGGCUCUUCCAAAUCUUUGGUCCAUUAUUUGAUUUGCCUUGUUUAAUCAAGUUUAAUGUUUGUUGUUAGCUGUACGUGAACAGCCAGGGCCAUUUUGAGGUGGAGUCUCCUUGUAGUAGUUGGUGACUACCUCAGUGAACAUGUGGGAGGCCCGUUGCAUGCCAUCCAGGGCAAUUUGGGAAAAGUGUCUUGCCCAAAGACACAACCAUAAAAGCAUAGUCAGGAUUGUUUCUCAGCUUCCCCAGAAACACAAACUGACACGUUUAAUGGGGGUGGGGGAUGUGUUUUGCAAUGGAGAUAAGAGUAGAGGGCGAAUAUUCAGAUAAAAGCAUUUUGGUCUGAAGUCUCCUUGUUAGAAUUAGAUUCAAGUUUGUAUAGAUAGGGGGUUGGGGAAAUAAAUAUUAACCCUGCAAAUACAUCUCCGUUUUUUCCUGUUAAAUUAAUUAGUGGAGUGAUGAAUGGGUAUGCAUGUACUUAGACCAUCGCCAGGGAAGGUACAGAUCUGUAUGGGUCAUCAGCCCAGCGUGGGAUUUCUUUGGGAAGGUUUGAUAUAAUUUUUUUCUGAAUUUUUGUAAAAUAAAUAAAAUUUGAAAAAUAUGGUUUUCAGAAACCUUGGGGAAAAGUAAUGCUAUUCCAUUGUGUAUAAAUGAAGAAAGGAAAAAAAAAGAUUUGGCCCAUCCCCUUGGGAACUGAAUGCAAUAUGGGAAGUACAGUGACUUAUAUACUUUCAAAAUCCUUUAUGAUUUCACAGAAGGAUUUCCAUCAUUAGGUCUGCAGCAUUUUUGGGUAAAAUUAGCUUGAUUUUGAAAAAAUGGCUGGUCAAUACCAUCUUGGGAAAGGGGGCGGGGCCCAUCAGGAGAAACAGAUAAACCUUUAAAAUCCUUUUCUGUUCAGAUAAACAGAUAAAUAUGAAAUUAGUUUGAAGUAUCCUUAGAUAAAUUAAGUUCCAUAUUGGACGCCGCCCUCUGGACCAAAUUGGGAUAAUGAUGCUAAGGGUUUUAAUUUAAGUCCUUUGAAUAAAAGGAUUUUGAUAAAAUUUAAUCUGCAGCAUCCUUCAGUGUCAAGUAUAGUCAACUGUUGUCUUUGUUUCUCUUCAUACAGUAUAUUUUCAAUUUGCUUUUCAAUGUUAUACUA